UAAGUAAAAUGGUAUUUCCCUAAAAGGACGGAGGGAGUAUAUUUGUAUGUAGAUGCGCAGAACAAAGUCUAGUAGAAUUCCUGCAAAAGAAAGAGAGAAGAGUUUCACAGAAACACCAGCGCUAAACUGAAUAACCAAAAAAUGUCGGAAAUGGUGGAGUUGAAGAUCCAAUUCGGAAGCGAAAGAUUUCCACUUUCAAUUGACAUUAAUUCCACCGUUUUUGAACUCAAACAACAACUCAUGGACUCCACUAACGUCCUCCCUAAAGGCCAGCAGCUCAUUCACAAAGGAGCUAAAUUGGUUGAUUCUAAAACAUUGAGGGAUUCGGGUAUUGUUAAUAAGUCUAAAGUCAUGCUCACGGCUUCUGGUGGUAAAUUUCAAGGGGGAAAAUCACCUGUGGUACCGACUUAUCAGAAGAUUAUGAAUGAGGAUCGGUCCCUCAAUUCUGCACCUGUUAAAGAGACCAACAUACUUAAGUCUAGUGUUGAUCGGUGGAAGAUGUUUAGGGUAAUUGGUCUUGCUGAGUCUAAUUUGAAGGCUAUACCUGAUGAAGUAUGGGAAUGUGGAUCGUCUUCAGGCUCUUGUCCUAAAGUGCUUGAUCUCAGCAACAACUAUAUUCGUGACAUACCCUCCAAAAUUAGCUGCUUGACAUCUAUCAAGAAGUUGAUGUUGAAUGCGAAUGAUCUCUCAGAUGAUUCAAUAAGUUGGGAAGACCUAACUCAGUUGAAGUAUUUGAACUAUCUUUCUUUGGAUCAAAACCAGUUGACUUAUCUACCUUCUUCUUUGGGUGAACUUACUUCUCUGGAGCAGCUGCACGUUGCAGGCAACAAACUGGAAAGCCUACCAGUAGAACUUGGUCUUUUGACUCGGCUAGAGAUUUUUAAAGUUAACAACAACAGUUUAAGUGCGGUACCCUCUCAUAUAGGCGACUGCAAUGCUUUAAUUGAGGUCAAUAUAUCCUUUAAUCUUCUGAAAGAGUUACCUGAGACACUUGGCAAACUACAAAAGUUGCAGGCGUUGCAUCUUCAAAAUAAUCCACUUAAAUCACUGCCAUCUACUCUAUUGAAAAAUUGUGUCAAGCUUUCAACUCUUGAUGUUACAAAUACACAAAUAGCAGUUUAUGAGCUUCGGCAGAUUGAGGGAUGGGAAGAUUUUGAUAAAAGGAGAGUCUUGAAACAGAAUAAGAAACUGGAAUGUCGCACUGUUGACUCUGCUGACUUUGACGAAGGUGCUGAUAAAAACUGAUCUCCAAAUACAAAUAAGUAUUGUAAGAGUGCUGCUAUCUGAGGAACAUAUUUUUCAGGACUUGCUCUGUUCUGUUGUUCUUUUUGGUAGUAGGGUUUAAAAUUGAAAUCCACAGAACUGUAUUGUCUAGUAGUGGUGUUCCUUGUGGAUCAUGGAGUUGCUGUAACUUGGAAAUAUAUGCCUAUAUGGAGGGAACUAAUGGGGAUCUAUCUUGUAAUUGAUACGGAGUAAUUGUUAUGCAUAGAAUUGCAUACCUCCAGUGAGAUUUUCCUGGUGCAAGCGAACCCAUUAUUCUCCGCAUACAAUUAAUUGAACAAUCUGUAGUUUUUUUGUUUUUUUUUUUUGGUAAGUUUUGGCCGAUAUUUCUGCACUUGUAAAUUGAUGGAUAAACGCAUUUUGUUGUAACCACACCAUUGCAAAAAGCGCAUAAAAAAUCAGCUGCAGAUCUUUUGGAAGAUUUUGAAGCUAUUGUUGCAAUUAAUCUUCAGCUUCACGAUAUAUUGUAGUUUUAUUUUAGGUAGCAAUUCAUGGCUACCAGUUUAUAUUAA